AUGGCUUCUCAGCGGGUAUUUCAGCUUGGUCUGCGACGGGCCGCCGCGCCCAGUCUGAGGGUACAGCCUGCGGGACGCAUGGUCCAGCGGAGACUUGCAGCAACGGAACACGCCUCGCAGUCUGAAGCCGCCGAGAUCCUCGCCAAACAGCGUGUCAACCGCCCCGUUUCCCCCCACCUGGCCAUCUACAAGCCCCAAAUCACCUGGUACGCCUCGUCGCUCAACCGAAUCACCGGCAUUACCCUCUCAGGUUCCCUCUACCUCUUCGGUAUCGCCUACCUGAUUGCCCCAUACACUGGAUGGCACCUUGAGACGCAGUCAAUGGUAGCCACUGUCGCUGCUUGGCCAGCGGCUGUGAAGGCCGGAUUGAAGGCGUUCUACGCUUUUCCUUUCUUCUUCCACAGCUUCAACGGCUUGAGGCAUCUGGCCUGGGACGUCGGUAUUGGUUUCAAGAACCAACAGGUUAUCCGCACUGGAUGGACUGCUGUUGGCUUGACCGUCGCAUUCAGCUUGUACUAUACUUUCCUCGGAUAA